CUGUGCCCUGUCAACCUGAGUGACAGAAGAGGGCUACCAGGGUAAGGUGUGCUGUCCCGCUUAACACAGACUAAUUUCCAUCAUGGCAUUGAGAAGCGCUGUGUGCCGUCUCUUGGUCAACACUCAGAGAUGCGCCAUCGUCUCAGCUUCCAGAGCACAGGGAACUGCAGCACCUGCCAGAUGGGAUGCAGAAAAGACCGAGCAGAAGUCUAAAGCACCUAAAGUCCAGUUCAACUGGCGUGAUGCCCUCGACCUGGAGGGCCAGCUGACGGAGGACGAGAUCAUGAUCAGGGACUCCUUCCGGACCUACUGCCAAGACAAGCUCAUGCCUCGCAUUGUGAUGGCAAACAGAAAUGAAGUGUUCCACAGAGAAAUCGUGUCAGAGAUGGGAGAGAUGGGUGUGCUGGGCCCAACCAUUAAAGGUUAUGGCUGUGCUGGGACAAGCUAUGUGGCCUAUGGGUUGAUUGCCAGAGAAGUAGAGAGAGUGGACAGCGGCUAUCGCUCAGUUAUGAGUGUGCAGUCGUCACUGGUCAUGCACCCCAUUAACGCCUAUGGCACAGAGGAGCAGAAGCAGAAGUACCUCCCCAGGCUCGCUCGUGGAGAGAUCCUGGGUUGCUUUGGCUUGACGGAGCCCAACCAUGGUAGUGACCCCAGCGGCAUGGAAACCAGAGCCAAAUACAAUCCCUCCAGCCGCACCUACACACUCACUGGCUCAAAAACCUGGAUCACCAACUCCCCAGUGGCAGACAUUGCUGUAGUUUGGGCCAAAUGCGAUGAUGGGAAGGUGCGGGGCUUCAUCUUGGAGCGUGGCAUGAAGGGCCUCUCCACACCUAAGAUUGAAGGAAAGUUCUCCCUGAGAGCCUCCGCCACCGGCAUGAUCCUCAUGGACGAGGUGGAGGUUCCUGAGGAGAACCUGCUUCCCAAAGUCUCCGGCCUCGGGGGUCCUUUUGGCUGCCUGAACAACGCCCGCUAUGGCAUCGCGUGGGGUGCUCUGGGUGCCGCAGAGUUCUGCUUCCAUGCGGCUCGUCAGUACACGCUCGACAGAAUCCAGUUUGGCGUGCCGCUGGCAAGGAAUCAGCUGAUGCAGAAGAAAAUGGCCGACAUGCUGACAGAGAUAACCAUCGGCCUACAGUCGUGUGUGCAGCUGGGAAGACUCAUCGACGAGAAAAAAGCGGCCCCAGAGAUGAUAUCCAUGCUUAAGAGGAACAGCUGCGGUAAAGCCCUGGACAUCGCCAGGCAGGCCAGAGACAUGCUGGGUGGAAACGGCAUCGCGGACGAGUAUCACAUCAUCCGCCACGUCAUGAACCUGGAGGCUGUCAACACAUAUGAAGGUACUCACGAUAUCCACGCCCUGAUCCUGGGCAGAGCCAUCACAGGCCUGCAGUCCUUCACUGUGGACAAAUAGAUCCGACCUCUCAGCAGAUACCCCGGCCAACAGGACUCUGUCAUCAGAAACACAACACACACAUCAACUCUGUAAUAAGGCACAGUUUUCAGAUAGGUUUCAUCAUUUGUCACCUGUAUAAUGGCAGUGUUUGUUUUCUCUCAGGUUUGUGGAAUAUAUACCAAGUGAUUUAUUUUGAGAGAACAAGUAUUGUGAAGUGUUGUAAAUUGUAGUUAAUUCAGAUUUGUUGAUUUUCAACUUAAAGAGGGCUAUUUUCUUACUCUCAGUCACAACGGCUGCUUACUUUUUCAGCUCCCUGGUCCCCAGUUGUAUAGAAACAGUAAAGUUGUGUAGAUUUUCAUUGUUAUUCACUGUAGCAAAGCAUGAAUAGUUUGAAUGAGGUCAAGAUCCAGAUUUGCUGUUGGUUACUCAUGUAUUCGAAGUUAAUACUGUAAUUACAAAGCAGCAAAGCAUAAAUUCACACAGCUGAGUUGAAAUUGCCUGUGAAGCUUUUUUGUUUUCAAUUUGAUCCAAUGAAGCAAAUGUUGUCACUGUAUGAUUGGUGCAUCUUACAGUUACUGUUGUUAGGUUUACCAUGGUUGAUUACUUCUAGCACUUUACGGGCUCUAACACUAUGAUGUCAUAAGUUUGCAUGGUCUGCCAGAGGUCAAAGAUCUGGAUCAGAGCUUUAAAUAAAGAAACGUUGUUUAA